GCAGAAGAAUAAGAUUGGACUCGCGGAGGAUUCGCGGUGGUUUUAUAGAUUAUUUGGGUAUUAACGGAGGAUUCACGGUGGUAUUUUGUGAACAUUUGGAUCCUGGGCCUCUCGGUCUAGCUCGACGGUUUGGAGGAUAGCAGAGGAAAAAAGGAGGCCGGUCGGAACUACGAAAAACAACGGCUGGAUUCCGUUUCUCGAGCGUUGAAACGUGCACCAGUCCGGGAACGGAGGGCCAGAUCCGUGCCAAAAGUGUAAUUGCGCUCGCUUGCUUUUGCUGCCGGCCCGUCGUCUUCAUCGGAGCGCGUUUUGUUUGUGUGUAAUUGUUGCUCGUGCGUGUGGCAAGAAGAAAACCCGGAUUGUGGCCUCCUAGAGUGUUGAGUGGACAUUUUUGACGUAGGCAAUCUAGCCGGAUUGGGCGGUGGCGAAUCCAGGACGUAAAGGACAGGAAAACCCGGAUCUGCAACGCAACCAGAAGGACUUUGUAGCGGUAGAACCGUCGAGAAGUAGUAUUAUUGGCUACAGCGAAGGAGGCACGGAGCGAUGGAUGAGCUAAGCGAGGCGGAACUACGCUACUACAAUGACCUGUUCAAAAUCUGCAGCGAGGCGGAGAGCGGAGGCAAGAUCCCGGCCCUAAAGGCGACCUCGCUGUUUCGUUCGGCCAAUCUGUCCAACGAAACCAUAAACAAGAUCACGGCGCUGGUCGGAAUACCACAAACGGCUCUACAUUUGUCGCGUCAGCAGUUCUACGGAUGCCUGAAGCUAAUCGCUGCCUACCAAGCAUCGGUACCGUUGAGAGAAGAAAUACUGACCAGCUCGUUCAACCUUCCACUGCCGAAGUUUAGCUGGAUCGAUCCUAUAGGAACAACAGGCAGUAUCGAUCCCGUAUCCAACAACGCACCGGCCCAUAGUACCGCCGGUACAACCGAACGUAAUGGUUACGUAGAGGUAAAACAUAGAUCCAGUGUUACUAGUACCGUAACUGGGAAUCAUCUACCGCUUACUGAACCGGUAUCGACAAUCGGUGGAACGGCACAUGACAGCAGCACUUCGACAGGCGGUGAACUGACAAACUCCGACCAACCGAGCACCGACUCGGAGGUGGAACAUAACGACCACGACCCAGCGUCAACAGCAGCGUCGUCAGCGAUGGUCGCAGGAAGCAUAGCUCGAAACGAACGACACAACUUAGUUGGCAUGCUGAAGGGCGGUGGCGUUGUGAUGAUCGGUGGAACUCACCCCAUGGGAGGAGGUGCCACGACCGGCGGCUCACCGGAAGCGUGGAGCACAGCGAGCGACAGUCCAACGCCAACGAACAGUGUAGCGGAGCGUCCUUGGGCCAACCAGAACCUUUGGCAGGGCCUGGUGUGUGAAGAGCAGCGACAGCUGCUUGGCACGGAGGAAGAAUCGUCCGAUCGACAUAGUAGCGACGAAGAGGAAGAAGAACAGGAGAUUGAUCUAGAAUACUUUUAUCAGAUCUCUCAAACCCAAAAAGAUUAUUAUUUGAAACAGUUUCGUACUAUUCAGCCGGAUAUACAUGGAUUGGUUACUGGACCGGUCGCCAGGGUAUUUUUUGAAAAGUCUCGUAUCCCGAUCGACGAACUUCGCCAUAUCUGGCAGAUGUGCGAUGUGACGCGCGAUGGUGCCCUCAACUUGGCCGAAUUUACGGCCGCCAUGCAUCUGGUUGUUCUGCGAAGGAACAACAUACCCGUACCUGCUUCGCUGCCACCAUGUCUGCUGCCCAAGCUACUACAACAUUCUCUACUGCAAUCGGGCGCUCCAUCGUCGGCUACGGUCGGCGGUACCGAGAGUUCCACUAGUGGUAGCGGAUCAUCGGUAGUGGCCGCUACUAUCACCGGAAAUAGUACAACCGGUGCCAACAAUAAUGGGGGUAAUGAACGAUCUGAACCAGCCGAAGCUGAUCUUUUACAUCUCGAAAGCGACGAUAAUGUGGUGGAUGCGAGCACAACAAACCGAAAACGAUUCGUUGCCAAAGACUACCAGCGUAUGGUACCGGUACCCGAUUCGCUCGCUUUUGUGACAGCAACCGCAACGACGACGGGAGGAACAAAUGUAAUCCCUGCAUCGCACGACAGUCCACCGUCCGGAUCGGUAUCUUCAGGGGCCACAGGGACUGGUUCCGGUUCGGUUGCGCUUGCCACCAAAGGCAGCGGUAGCAGUGGCAGUAAUACCAGUGGUAGCAGCGGUGCCGUGACAGCCACUGCAUCCGCCGCUGUCGGUGUCCGUAAGACACCACCGAACAUGUCGCCUCCUAUACUGACGCAAGCUGUUACACAACAGCAACACAACUAUCAACCAACACAAAAACAGUCACUGGAUCAAGCCGUUACUCCCCCGAAUGUGGGUACGAAACAACAAAAGGAAUGGAACUCUACCACUAAAGAAUGGACCAAGUUCAUGGAAUCCCCAACAUCGAACGUUUCUAGUCCGGGUCCGAAGCCGGUAAACUUUGAUCUACAGCGAACGACGCAAGCGAUCGUUUCCGAUCCUCAAAUUUUGCAUCCAGUUCCGCUGCGCGUUACACCAGUAGGUGCUGAAGCGAUCGAUAGCAGCAGUCUAGUCUAUGGUGAUGUUAAUCAUGGCACGGCCAACCUGCUCGUUGCUGCUGGUCAGCAGUCCGAUGAAGCGAAUCCAAAGCAACCACCACCAGCUCUGCAGCAACAACACUCACAUCACGCAACACCACGCGACUCACUCACAAACAGCAGUGAUCUACGUGCCAUCCAGAGACCACAGCCGAAGAAGCCACCAUCCAAGGGUGUCGGUGCUAUUCCUCCUCCACCGCAACGUGAAUCCGUUGGCGGUAAUAUGCUCUCCUCAAAUGAUGCUACGAUGACGAUAUCACUCGAUGGGUCCGGAUACCCUGGUAUUGUUGGGGGAACAGUGGCAACAGCCACAGCAUCUACCUUAACGAAGAAACCAUCAGUCGAUCAGCAGCAACCGCCGCCACCGUUGCCGCCGCCGAGACCAUCGGCUCAUCGACACACGCGCAGCAGCAGUCUAGAUCUAAAUAAACUGAAACUAGGUACGAAUACGGCCCCGCUCAAGAUGCCACCACCACCGGAAGUGCCACCGAGGGUAAACACUCCACCGGCACCGCCAGGCGAUCAGCAGCAACCUGGUACUACCGUUGCUCACCAUCACCAUGCGUUUGCCGAUUUUACACACUUUCCUAGCACCGCCGGAGGAUAUCGUGGAGCAGCGGCGAUGGGUGACCCGAACAACAUUACCACAAUCCAUUUGGAUGCAGCCGGUAAUAUGACGCACCAUUCCACGCCACCACGCAGCUCUGGCACGCUGCCAAAGUCGCUCGUCAUGCACAACACGCCUCGACAGAGCGCGUUCGAGGUAUACCGGAAACCAUUAUCGAGCCAGCGGAGCUCGCAGUCACCGCCACAGCAGCAGCAGCAGCAGCAGCCACCAUUAGUUACAUCGCGCAGCGUUGAAUGUUCGGGCGGUGCGACGACUCAGCUUAACUCGCUUGGUGCGACGGAUUAUGAUAAGCGCAUUUCUGCGCUGAGCGAUAGCUUGCGGCAGGUACGCUUCAAGAGUGCCGAUCCACCGCCCGUCAUGCCGGAUGUCCUCAAGCAGCUCAAGGAGCAAAAUUUGCUGCUGUUGCGGAUAUGCAACGAUCUAAGCGAGGAGUUGCUACAUAUUCAGCAGAAGCGGGAAGACAUUCGCAUCAAGAUCGAGUUACAGGAGCAAAUCCUGGGUGGUGAUAGUGCCGGGGCAAUACUGGCCAACACAAGCGGUCCAUCAUCGCUACCUUCGUCUUCUACGGUAACGCAACAUCAUACACAUCUUGCACAGCAGCAGCAGCAGCAUCAUCACGCCAAUCUAUAAAAAAAUCUAUUGGUAAUAGUAAGCGGAAGGUUGCAACAAAUUGUCCCUGCCUGUCCCUAUGCUCGAUUGUUCAAAUCUCGUACUCGCUCAUUACGUAAGCGAAGCCAGUCGGUAUACGUUGGGCAUUUUGUUUUUAAUGUAUUGUCGGCAUUAUUGCUUGUGAAGUUGUUUCAAAUCAGCGCUUUGUGUUGAGAUGUUGUAUUAACCGAUGUUGGUAUGUAAGGAAUACAAAUCCACUUUUGCUGAGCAUGGUAAAAGUGGCUUGUUCCAACAGGAACGGUAUAGACUCGUUCCAAGCGUCUGUAAUUUAUUGGUUUACUUGAUUUCAUCCAGCUUUAUCAACAAAACGAUCUGCCGCGUGGGGCGAAGUAAUGUUCUCAACUCAAGGUAAAGAUGUUCGCGUGGGAUCGUUGAAACGGUUCGACAUAGGUGUGCUAGCUAGAGCCGUCAAGGUUGUUGUUGUAAUGCUUUCGAUUGAGUAAAUCGUAAGGCUGCAAGGCGAGGAAUCAGUUAGAAUGCUAGCCCAAGCAUACGCCUCAAUGUGUAACCCAGCACAGGAUUAUUUUCAAUGUUUGUUUAAACAUGUAUUUAAACCGCCAGUGAACUGUUAUCGUAAAUACCAUUAUCGGCCCGAUGAAGCACAAUAAAACUAGAUAUGAUAAACGAAGAUUGAUCACUAUGAGUAGUCGCGUUGAACAUUAGAUUCGUUUAAAGACCCUUUGACAAUGAAAAACCAGAUAGCGUGACAUAAUCUUACUUAAUUCCACAUCAUGAAGCGUAAGGGCCGUAAUAGGAUCUAUAAUGCUGUGUUAGAGGUUUAGCAAUUUCGAAAAAUCCAGAUAGAUGAAGAUAUAUAUACACAAACAAACACACGUACAACAGACAUAAAAGCAUAUUUUGCGAUUCUCAUCAUUACCCGAUUCAAAGAGCGUGGUAGAAAACCAAAAAGCCAACCAUGAAAACGCAAUGGAAUCUCUUUGCUUAAACCCAACUACAGAAUUGCGCUACGAUUGCUCCGGUGCAGAAAAGGGUGAUAUAAAUGAAUAAAAGUAAAUUGACAGUGGAAAUAAUGCAAUGGUCGCUCGCACUGAUUGCUGGUAUCACAAAUCGAUUGUAUCGAUUCGAUGUACUACUAUGAUGUCUACUGCUGCUAGUAUAAACGAUAAUCGCCUACGAACGAUGUUCAUGGUGUAAAAAACAAUGCCGAGAAUCGUUAGAUUGAACAGAAUUCAAAUCCCUGAAAGGUUACUGCUGAAUAGUGCGAUCUGGAAAUUCUGCUAAUAAUGCAUAAUGAGCUUCACGGGGAUGCGUGAAUAUCUUUUUCCAGAAGCAAAAAGGGUAGUCUCAUAGCUUGCACGUUAGUUGUUAGGCGUUAGUUGAAAGUAAGAUGGAACAAAAGUGAAAUGAAAAUGUUUUGAUUAUUUUACGAAAAAGAAAUACAGUAAUCAAAUAUUCAGCAGAACAACGUUAGCAAAAUAUCAGAGAGAACAUUAUUUAAUGAAGCCAAUCAAAGAACUAUUUUUCCUAUUCCUAUAUUCGCAAUUGUAUAGAGAUUGAGGGGCAGAGAAUUGAAAUGGAAAAGUGAAGAAAUCUGUAAACGGCGUGCGUCAGCCAUGCAUGCAAACCUCUCAUAAAAUAUGAUAUUUUUUAAAAACAAAAUUGUACCUAAAAAAUCUAAGAAACAUACGUUUAAUAUUCGCUUUCAUGUCACACUGAAUGGAUAAGGCAUGCAAACAAACAAUGCAUAGCAUGGAAAGCGUCAUUUACUGAUCCCUUCGUUUCGAGCGAUCGAAUAUCGAUUGAAAUUAGGUUUCUGUUGCAGAAUUUUUAUGGGGCGAAAUUAAUAUUGAGAUUCAGUAGAGAUUCGAACAUCUUAACUACACAACUGCUACUACUACUGAAGAACUGAUAUCUUUGGAAAUACAAUUACAAAUUAAACGAACCGACUCAUGGAGCGGCUAUAGAGGAACAAUUGGAAAAGGAGCAAAAUCUAACAAUACGAAGAGCAACAACCCGUGAAUCCGUGAAUAAAAUGGAACAUGUGUCAUUCUAUACAA